AAAAAACGCUAUAAGCUUCUACAGGAGGCCUUCAACAAGCAAAGAAGGAGAAACAUACUACAAGUCUCUACAGUGUUGCAGAUACAAAGACUCCAACCCAGAACAUGACAAAAGCUAAGAAGGAAAGAGAUGCUGAAUCCUUGUAUUCUUCCUCCUGCAACCCGGCUAUUGUGCAUUUCAUCAGAAAGUAUUGUCCACCUACCACAACUGAUGCUUUCUUAAAAAGGCUCAGGCUAGUAUUAGGCCAGAGAUACCUAGAAGACAUAGUAGCCAUUUGCAGUCAGGCACCAUACUGCCUUUAUUUAUAUCAUGGAGUGGAGCUUGAGGACAAGAAGGAGGCUACUGUGGUCCUGCUGGGAUUCUUUGACAGAGCUACUGGAGAAAAAAAGAUCAGACUGCUUGAUGUCUUUCACCCUAAAGACGAGACUGCUAAUGCCAUCUGUGGCUGCAUUGCAGAUAUCCUGGAGAAGUUCAAAAUACCUUUAAUAAACAUGGCCAUCAUUUAUUCAAAUUUCCCAGAUCAUGAAUAUCUUCCCUCAAGUUUGAAGAAGUUUAAAUCUGAUAUUGUGUCUUUAUGUGGGCUUACAGAUUUGGCAGGACAAGUGUGUCAUAGUGGUGUCAUAGCAAUGGAGUAUUCAGAGCUGAUUCAGAAUCUCAUCACAGAGAUCUACAAACACUUUCCAUCUUUCCCAGAUGCUCUAAAAAGUGUGAUUGAAGAUGUUGAGGGGUCAUACUUGAAUGAACUCUUAACAUCUGAUUGCUCUCUCUUCUGGAGAAUAAUCCACAAAAUGACUAUUGCUUGGUCAGACAUUGAGAAAUACUUUGGAUGUCAGGAGAACAGUAUAGAUGUACAAGCAAUCUGUCUUCUUCUUAGGGAUCCUAAAGUAAGACUGAAUGUCCUGUUUCUUAGCUAUGCUUUGCAGCCGCUUUGUAAUUUUCAGGAGAAUUUUAACCAAGGGGUCAGUGUGACACAACUCCUCCAAGAUGCUUCUCGGUUACUGAAAUCCUACACAAAGAGCUUCCUCAGACCUGGAGCAGUAGAGUAUUUUCUUCGGAGAGGGAAGGCCUCCCUUGUGAAGGAGACAGUGGGACAUUUACCUAGAGGAGAGGUUGAAGUUGGCAAGCAGGCAGCUGACUUUCUUCAGCAGAAUGCCACAAAGCUGACCGACUACUUGGAGAACUUCCAUAGGUCCAUCAUCUCCUUCUACACGACCGUUACUCUUAGUAUUGUCAAACGUUUACCCUUUCCAGACUCCACACUGAGAAACUUGUCUUCAGUGUUGUGUCCAGGGAACAAGCUUGAGGUGACUGGGAAAGUAGUCCAAGAUUUAGGUGUCUGUUUCGGAGUUUGCUCAAGCCCUGAGAAUGUCAGCUUGCUGACAGAUGAGUUUUUGGAGUACCAAAUCAUUGAUGGGGGUGACAUGCACUCAGAAGACCAGUCGAUGGAGCAGUACUGGAAGAGUGAGCUGAGGAUUAUGGGAAGGACAUCCAGUUUUGGGAAAUUAAUCCUUAGCCUGUUGGCCAUGCCGAGAACAUUAAAAAAAGAGAUAAUAUUUGAGCAGCUGUUUGAACACACUGACAACCUCAAGGAGGAAAAAAUAGAGGACGGUGAGGAAAAGGACAUUGCAGAGGAUGAUGUCACAGACAGCAGCUCAUAUAAAAGUGCUCCGUCACAUCUUAGCCCAGAGACUCAGGGCAGCAUCAUAUCCGAUGUCAUUGACCUGACUGAAGUGGAGGACGUUGUGCCAAUCGACGUGGAUGACAUUGCACCGAUCUCUUGUGAAUCAGACACAGAAAGUGAAAAGGCUCACCCAUAUGUGUCCGUAGUCAUAGUUGAUGAUGAUGGUGAUAACACCACUGAUGAUGAUGACGAUUACAACAAUAGUGAUGAUGAUGUCAUAUGGACUAAUACUAUGUAUCAAAAGGUAAAUAUCUAUUCAGAAGAGAAAGGAAAUAUCUCCUCAACACAGAACAAAGAGAAAACCGACAUUCCAUACCAGGACAGUUUCACAGUUGGUGAGAUAGUUUGGGGGGAGAUAGAGGGCCUUGGUCUGUGGCCUGGACUGGUUCAGAGCUGGGACAACGAGAGGCCCUGUGGAUCCAUGCAUAAAGUGGUUUUUUUUGGAAACAAGAUGGUGUCAGAGAUCCAUUCAGACAAUAUCCAGCCAUUCUCUUCAUUUGUCAAGUGCUUCUCUUCCAAAUCAUUUGCUACAGUAACUAUGUAUAAAGAUGCAAUCUUCAGUUCUCUGCAGGUGGCUUGCAAGCGCAGUAGAAUGUUUUUUUCUCCUGAGUCUGACUCUAAGGAUGAGCUGCUAAGGGUUAUGUUGGAAUGGGCCUUUAGAGGCUUUGAGCCAUCAGGUCCAGAUGGGCUUCGACCUCAAUCAAAAGACAAAGUGAAUGGAACAGCAGGCUCUGUUAACCCCUUUCCAAAGCACAAAGACCAUCCAGAAAUAUUAUUUCACUUAACUGUAUCUCUGAAUAAGCUCUCUGAAUCUCUGGACCUUUGCAAUGGAUCGAUAGACCUAAAAAAAGCAGACGUUUACAGAAAACUCAUGUAUCCAAAAUGGAAUCGGAAAUCCAUGCAGAAUGUGAAGAUUCGUAAAAGAAAAUAUGUACGCCAGAAAAUGCUUGAAAAUAUCAACCCAAGCAUGCAGAUCCAGUCAAGACAAAACAGCAAAACAAGACAUGAAAUGGUGAAUGAUGUAUUAAAAAAGAAGAAUGACAUUAAAGAUUUCUGUUUAUCAUGUGGGAGUACAUCUGUUGAAGUCCUCCACCCACUUUUUGAAGGCAGUCUAUGCUUGAAAUGCAGGUAUAAUUUCACUGAGACGCUGUACCGAUAUGAUGAGGAUGGAUAUCAGUCAUACUGCACUGUGUGCUGUUGUGGCAUGGAGGUCAUUCUGUGUGGCCGUGACAGCUGUUGUCGCUCCUUCUGUGUGGACUGUCUGGAUAUUCUAGUAGGCGAGGGGACCUUUAACAAGCUAAAAAAUGUGGACCCAUGGAUCUGUUACCUGUGUGCACCAGAGAACAGCAAUGGAGCCAUGAAACCCAGACAUGACUGGAGCAUCCGUGUGCAGGAAUUCUUUGCCAACAACAGUGCCAUGGAGUUUGAGCCCCAUCGUGUUUACCCCUCAAUCCCUGCCAACCUGCGACGUCCAAUCAGAGUCCUCUCCUUAUUUGAUGGUAUUGCCACAGGAUACCUAGUUCUGAAAGAUCUUGGCUUCAAAGUGGAAAUAUAUGUGGCCUCAGAGGUCGAUGAAGAGUCUGUUACCGUCUCCAUGGUCAACCAUGAAGGAAAAAUCACUAAUGUGGAUGAUGUUCGAAGAAUUACCAAAGAUCAUAUGAAUAAGUGGGGCCCGUUUGAUCUUCUCAUUGGCGGAAGUCCUUGCAAUGAUUUGUCCAUAGUCAAUCCUGCCCGGAAAGGCUUGUUUGAGGGCACUGGACGGCUCUUUUUUGAAUAUUAUCGGCUCCUGAGUAUUAUGAAGCCAAAGGAGGAAGACCCACGGCCAUUCUUCUGGCUGUAUGAGAAUGUUGUGGCCAUGACCAACAGUAAUAAAGCUGACAUUUGCCGCUUUCUAGAAUGUAACCCUGUCCUUGUUGAUGCUGUGAAAGUAAGCCCAGCUCACAGAGCAAGAUACUUCUGGGGAAACAUACCUGGAAUGAACAGACCCAUCAUACCCUCUAUGAAUGAUAAACUAAGUCUUCAGGAAUGUCUGGAGGCCGGCCGCACUGCAAACUUUGAAAAAGUUCGCACUAUCACCACACGCACAAACUCGCUAAAGCAGGGAGCCAAUGACGAACAUUACCCUGUCACCAUGAAUGGAAAAGAUGACAGCAUAUGGAUCACAGAAAUGGAGAAAAUCUUUGGAUUUCCAAAGCAUUACACGGAUGUGAAGAAUAUGGGCCGUAUGCAGAGGCAGAAAGUCCUGGGGAAGUCUUGGAGUGUCCCUGUUAUAAGGCAUCUGUUUGCACCACUAAAAGAUUACUUCGCUUGUGAUGAAGUUCCCUUGAAAUGAACAGAAGAGACUCGGGGACAGAAGUUUAUUGUUACCUCAACUAAACUCUUUUAACUAAAAUGUUAUAACUAACUGGAAAAUUGUUGCCAAUGGUGGAUGUUAUGGAACUUUAUCAUCUAAAUUGAAUGCUGCAU